AUGGCAUCGCACACAGAGACAGAACAUGGUGAAACCACUUUAGAGGCUUCCGGCCAAGUCACUCCUUCCACCGAUCUCGAAAAAGGAGCAAGUGACCUUGAGCAUGCACUCCCCGAGGAAGAGACGCGGCCGGGAGCAAAGGCUGGGCUGUCACUGAGACAGUUCUGGAUUGUUAUGUUCGGAUUGAAUGUGGGAAUGCUUUUGACCGCGUUGGAUUUCAAUAUUGUCGCCACAGCUGUUCCCAUUAUCUCGUCGGAAUUCAAUGCCUACAGCAAUUCCUCCUGGCUGGGCACUGGAUUUCUCGUUACAUUUGCCCUUGUUUUGCCUAUCUAUGGUAAGCUUGGUGACAUUUUUGGGCGGCGGAACUUGUUCAUUGUGGGAACCCUCAUUUUCAUUCUUGGAAGCGGCCUCUGCGGCGGUGCAAAGAGCAUGAACAUGUUGAUCUGGUCCCGUGUGGUCCAGGGCAUUGGGGGUGGUGGCAUCUACGGUCUGGUUAAUAUCAUUGUCACAGACCUUGUUCCCCUUCGUGAUGUCGGAAAGUACAUCUCGUUCACAGGACUGGUCUGGGCUAUUGCCGAUGUUGCUGGUCCACUUCUGGGCGGCGCCUUUAGUCAAUACGUCACCUGGCGCUGGUGCUUUUACAUUAACCUGUGCAUCUCCCCGAUCAGUCUCAUUAUUACUGUUAUCUUUCUCCGCAUUCCGACCCCCAAAAUCGACAAGGAGCGUAUUAAAAACUUCGACGUCAUUGGAAGUAUCACCCUCAUCGGUGGUACUACCUGUCUCCUUCUAGGCAUUUCCUGGGGUGGGAACAACUUCCCAUGGAACGACUCUCGUGUUAUCGGCUGUUUCGUUGGUGGAAUUGUAUUGCUCGUGAUCUUCGUGGUCUGGGAGCACUGGGCUAAGGAUCCUUUUAUGCCACCCGUGUUUCUCCGGAGCCGCGCUAUCGUCGCUAUCUUCUUCGCCGAGUUCUUUUACGGUGCCAACUUACUAGGAAUGAUGUACUACGUGCCGCAGUUCUUCCAACUGGUCUACGGCGACUCCGCCACAAUUUCAGGUGUCGCUCUAUUGCCGAUGAUGCUGGGUCUGGCGAUUGGUAACCCUGUCGCCGGUUGGGCUACCAGCAAGUACGGCCUCAGUCUGGCCAACGCAUGGGUUGGCGCAGCACUGACCGUAUUAAGCAGCGGCCUGAUCACGCGCUGGGCAGCGGGAACAAGCCGCGCAGAAGCGAUCGUGGAGCUAAUCAUCCUUGGUAUUGGGCAGGGUGCCGUUAUGGAAGCUCUGCUGGUCGGGGCGCAGUUUUCAGUCGAGCCCAUGCACAUCGGCAUCAUCACGGGGUUGGUUAUCUUCGUCCAGACUGUUGGUGAUAUCUUCGGUAUCGCCAUAUACGCCGCAGUCUACCAGAACGUGCUGCGAGCCAAGCUGCACCACCUGGCCUUGAAUGUUGAGCAGAUUGGAACCAUCCUUUCGGAUAUCCAGAAGGUAAAGACGCAGUUCAAUGGUGAGAUGUACCAGUCAAUCAUCGAGGUUUAUGCGGAGAGCUUGCAGAAUGGUUGGUGGUGGCUGUUUGCCUGUGCGGUAUGUUUGUUGAUCAGUUCGGCCUGUGCGAAGCAGCGGAAACAAUAG